AUGGGAGAGGAGCGAAGACCCGAACGGCCUGGUAUCAAUGAUUGUUAUUCGACAACAAUUGUUAUACUACUCACCGCCACUCGACAAACCCUACGAUGGCACGACAUCGUUCCCCAUACCGCACAAAUUCGCAUUAUCUACAUUGACAAUUGGCAAAAUUUCAAACUAUCAUCUCAUUCAUCAUCGGCAGUAGCAGCAGGAACAUCAGCUUGCUCUCCGUUGCACACACAGAAUCACGGAAACGAAGUUGAGGGAAUCCAAUUAUCACUUCUCCUUGAACCAACCGUAAUUGGAGAAAGAAUUAUGUCCACUUUAAUUCUUUACGACAUUCCUUCGUUUCUUAUCUAUGCGACGAAGCAAACCUCGGUAUUGGAGGAAACGAGUUCGGCAUUCGCCGUUAAUAAGUCACUAUUCGCGCGGGAUGAUCGAUGUGAAUCUCUGCGUUCCGCGAAAAUGAGAAACGAUCUUCACCAGGUUUGUGGAAUGACGUCAUAUCACGGGACAUUUGAUUUCGCAACAAUUUCUAAACAAUUUCUAUUUACGACUAUUGUGUCAUCUCCUUGGGGUGACGCACCCCCAUCAGACAUAAUAGGUUAUAUGGAAUCCAAUCUGGGGCAAUAA